CCUUAUUUCUAACCAGGCCUUCCUAUCCAGCAAACAGAAACCCUACCGAGGACGCAGAUCACAGGACAGGAAGAAGAAGAAGAAGAAGAAGAGUACGAUUCCGUGAGCUCGGCGAUUAAUUAGAAAGAUUCUAAUAAUCACGGUGUUCCAGAUUUGAAUCCUGCUGAUUGAAAAUGUCGAAUUUUACGACAAUCAUCUGCAAUCGUCUGAAGGUGAAAGAGCUUGUCUCCAAUGUUCCUGUGUAUGCAAGCCUUACAGAUGGCUCUGCUGGUGGAUUAAGCUUGAUUUUAAGGCGUUGGGCUACAAAGAAGACGGCUGGAUCUACCAAGAAUGGACGAGACUCGAAACCUAAGAAUCUUGGAGUGAAGAAAUUUGGCGGGGAGAAGGUGAUACCUGGAAAUAUCAUAGUUCGGCAGCGAGGAACUCGAUUUCACCCUGGAAACUACGUUGGGAUGGGGAAGGAUCACACCCUUUAUGCUCUGAAGGAAGGAAAUGUCAAAUUUGAGACAAACAAGCUCAGCGGUCGCAAGUGGGUACAUGUUGAGCCCAAGGAUGGAUAUGAGCUUCACCCUGUUUAUGCAACAGCUAGUGUCGCUUCAUCCCGGCUCAAGACAGCCUCUUGAAUUGUGAUUUCGUAUUCGUCUUUCAUUUGGUUUUUAUCUUGGAUGGAUUUCCCACAUGAUUAAAUAGAUGAGUUAAAUGUUAGUUUCGGGGUAAUUAUUCACAUUGCUUAAUACUAGUUCAAUUUCUUCGAGAUACUGUUGGAACUGUGUUGUUAGGAGGCGUUGGCAAGCAUGUUGGAAAUUGUUAGUUUCGUGGAGUUGUGAUGCUUUUGAUUGCCUGCAAUUCAACAAUUACUUCACUGGCUGAUUGGAUGGAUAAGCAAUAUAGUCAUUUUGAACCAAA